AUUUCUUUCCCCUCCUCUUAAACAACAUGAACUCAUUGAUUACCCAAACUACCGACUAACUUCGACAUAUUAAAAAUACAAAACAAAACGAAAAGCCAUAUUAGAUCGGAUGAACAAGAACAAGACCAAGUCUCGGGAAUAACAACAACAACAACCUAUCAUAUCAGAUAAAAGUAAAAUUAUUAUUUUUUAUUGUAAAUUUUUGUAUUUUGAAAAUUUGAGCGUCUGGUCUGAGCAACGACAUCACUACUACUAAUAAGGUCUCUCUCUCAUGUUUGUUUCUUCUCACUUUACCAAAUCUCUCGUCUUCUUCUUCGUCUUCGCCUGUGAACUUUGUUGACUCUUUAAAAUCUAUAGAUAAUGGCGGACCAAACCACUUCCGAUUCAACAUCUCCACCGGCUCCUGUCUCCGUAUCUUCUCCUACUGCUCCUAAGAAAGAUAACACCAGUCCUGUUGAUUCAAAGCUCACGGAAUUGAAUGAAUCAAGGGCUGAGUUGCUUAACAGGAUCCAGAAUCUGAAACAGGACUUACAAAGUUGGAGAGGUAAAUUGGACACUCAAGUUAAAGUCUACCGUGAGGAGCUCUCUGGGCUAAAGAAGACUCUGAAUCUUGAAGUUGAGCAGCUCCGUGAGGAAUUCAAAGAUCUGAAAACCACCUUAAAUCAGCAACAAGAUGAUGUUUCUGCUAGCCUCAAAAACUUAGGCCUACAAGAUAACCCCAAAGAUUCAAAAGAGCAAAUGGAUAAGAGCAGUGAGGUAACAGAAGAAAAACUCGAAGCUCCAUCAACUGAUGACAAUGCGAAAGAAUCAGAGCAUUAGAUGCUUGUUCUUUUGAUCUUGUCAUUACUACUACUACUACUACUACUACUACUACUACUAUUAAUUACCACUACAUUGAGAUUGUACUAGUACGCUUAAAACUUGAUUCCAAAAUUGGUUUGCAGCUGAUUGUUAUGCUAAUAACUUGAUUCCAAAUGCAGAACCAACUUUAGUACAUAUCUCAAAAAUCAAACU